AUGAUUUCCCAGAACUUCAUCCCACAGUUCCUCCUACCACGACACACCACCCCCAGCCCCUCAACCAAGCCCCCAGACUCCUCCUCAACCGAAUACUGCGAUCUCAAAGCCCUCGGUCUCCUCCCUCCAGAAUACCCCAUCCCCGACGGCGGCCCCACCGUCUCCCGCACCAUCUGGUCCUUCCUCGCCUUCUCAACCGUAUUCCUGUUCCUCCGCAUCUACUGCAAGAAAUGGCGCUCCCGCGGCCUCUGGUGGGACGACUACGUCCUCAUCUUCAGCUGGCUCAUGUUCAUAGCCUGCGCCGUCAUCUGCCAACUAGUCACCAACCUCGGCUUCGGCCGCUACCCCUGUGACAUCCCCCCCUCCCACCACCCCACCAUCGCCUUCGUGGGCGCCACUCUUGGGUCUUGCAUCACCAUCCUCACCAUUGUGUGGUCCAAGACGUCAUUCGCCAUAACCAUCCUCCGAUUGUCACCUUCCGGUAGCGUCCUUCGGAACAUUGCUUGGUUUGUGCUGGUUAGUAUGAACACGCUCAUGAUUGUCCAGGCGGUGGUCGUCUGGGUGAAGUGUAACCCAAUCAGUAAGAACUGGGAUCUUAGUAAUGAGGGAACCUGCUGGGAUGUGCAUGCCACGAAUUACUAUGGGGUUUUCUGCGGGGUGUACAGCGGGGUGUGUGAUAUUGUGCUGGUGCUGGGGUGUGUGAUAUUGUGCUGGUGCUAG